UUAAAAACAAGCAUAACGAUCGGGCUAAGUCAGCUAACAUUAGAUAGAAGUAACUUUUCUCGUAUUAAAUUAUUUUUGAAAGCUUAAACAGAUAAAGGCAUGGACCCGAUCAACGAGGAGCACAUUAAAAUGUAUUUUUACGAGAACAGACUGAAAACAUAUUCCGGAUGGCCGUUUGAAGAGGGCUGUGCCUGCACUCCAGAUAAUAUGGCCAAAGCUGGGUUUAUCCAUACUCCAUCGGAAAACGGCCCAGACGUAGCGCGGUGUUUCUUCUGCUACAAGGAGCUGGAGGGCUGGGAACCGGAGGAUGAUCCAGUGCAAGAGCACAAGGCGCAUUCCCCGUCUUGCGGGUUCAUUUUGCUGAGGAAGAGCGUGAACGAUCUCACCGUGGAGGAGAUCCUCAAGCUACAGAAGGAAAGACAAAAGUUCCUGAUCAAAAAGACCUGCAAUCAAGUUAUUGAGAAAUUUGAGCAAGCGGCAAAAUCGAGAAGAGGGGACAUGGUCAAAACGGCUUUGGACGGCUGA